AUGGAAAAGAUAAAAGAAUUGGUUGAUGUCAGGUUUGAGAUUAUUAAAUAAUACAAAAAAGAGAUUGCUUAACUCUAAAAUGAGAAUUAUAAUCUUACAGACAAUUCUAAUAUUUAGAGGAAAAUCCUUAAAUUUAUCAUCAAUGCAAAGAAGGAAGAGAAACAGAGAAUCAGCAAUGAGAAUAAGCUUUUUGAAAUAUUUUUUAGCGAGAGAUCUAAUUCAUUGUAGAGUAUUUAGCAAUUCUAUUCUAUCAGUCUACAAAUAAUGAAUUGUUUGUUUCAAAAUUUCGAGCUUGAAUAGGAAAUGGUGUUUUGUAAAGAACCAUAGUAUCGUAAUGUUGCAUCUCUUUACAUUGAGUUUUUUCAACAAACUAACUUUUUAUAGAGGGCUGACGAAAUCAAAAUGAUUAUCAAAAAUGAGCUAUAUGAGAGAGUUCCUUUUUUUUGCUUGCUAUUAAAGUGGCUGGUCGAAAUGGCAAGAGCUCAAUUUGGGGAUUUCAUAAAAGAAAAUUCAGAUAUUUAUUUAAAAUAGCUUACAUCGAAUCGCAAUAAAGGAUCUUAGAAAGAAAUUAUUACUAUUACCUCAAAUUAAGAUUAAGACAUUAUUAAAUAACUACCUUACAAAUACAAUAACUCGACCUUUUAAAUAAGUGAAACCCUCCAAACAGACAAUCGCAAAAGUAUAAAAUCAAAGAGAUCAUCAAUGAGCUCUUUAGAUAGUAAAUAGAUUGAUUUAAUUAAUGCCUGUGGUAAUUGUGUUAAUGCAAGCAAUCCUCCUAAUAAAUUAUAGGAUAAAAAUCAGGCUACUUUGAGGAACAGUAUGUAAAGUAUAUAGAAAAUAAAUUCUCAAACUUAACUGCAAGUGCUUUCAAAUGGUUUUAGCAUAUAAACAUCUAGCUAAAAUCUAAACUGCUAACAAACUAGUAUUGCCCCUCAAGGCAUUCAUAAUUCUACAAAGAACAGCAACUAAAGUUAAACAUAAUAAGGAUUAACAAUUAGUACUUAAAAUAAUAAUUUAGAUAAAAAGAAGUAAUCUCCUAUGAAAAGAUAAUAUAAUAUCAUUAGUAAUAUUAAUGACAUUAUGGAUUUAGAAGUGAAUAAUUUUAGUAUAGAGAUGAUUAUGUUUCUUAUGAAAAAGCUAACUUAACCUGAUGGGAGCAUUAAUGAUUAGGGCAAGUAAUAAAUGGUUAACUUUAUGAUUAGCAAGAACUUGGAAGUUAAAGCUACAAUUGAGAAUUACUACUCCAAAUACAUUGAGAAAUUUCCUUAAAAAAUUAAAUAGCAAAUACAGUAAAUACAAUAAAAAGUUUUAGAUAAAAUAUAAAAAAGGAAAAGAAUUCAAGUUGUAAGUUGCUACAAUUAAACUAAUAAUUUAGCAGAUUAAAGUAAUACUUCUUAUAAUUAAAAUGGCCUUUCGGAUUUUAGAAGGAAUUCAUAAACUAAUAAGAAUGAAGUCAAUCAAUCCAGGCCUUAUUCUUCAUAAGGUAUUUACUCAAGUAGUGUUAAUCAAUCGUUAAAUUAGAGUCAAAUCAAAAUGGAAAAGAAACAAAACUUAAAUAAUUCUUUAGAUAUACAAGUCAAUUUAUAGGAAGGAACUAUGUUUUAAUUUGAUUAAUAGGAAGGUUAAUAAAAGAGACCCGUAUCAUAGCAAAAAAGCGACAAUGUAAAUAGGAUAAUAAUAGAAACAAAAGUAAAGCAUCUUUCUCUAGAAUAGAACUUAAACUCUCAAAAUAAUCAAAAUAAUAAGUAAAUUUAUAAUUAAGCGAGAUACUAAUAGAACAAACUACCAUACAGUGGGUCUCUCUUUUCUUCUGAAAAUAUAUCACAAGAAAAGUAGGUUUAAAAUUUAACUAAAUUGAGCCAAGACUAAUUUGUUUAAAGAAUGAGAUCGACUCAUAAAAUAUAUUACCUUUAAAAAAGAAAUAAUCAAAACAAUUAAACUAAUUCUACAAAUAAUUCUACUUCAGCCAGUUAAAAUUCACAUGGAUUAUAAGAAACAAAUAAUUUACCUCUACAAAAGGUUUCACUAUCAAAACAGAACUAAUAAAUCCCACCAAUAAAAGUAGCUUCUAUUGAUGGAAACGAAGCAGCUUAUUCGACUUUAGUUUUACCAACAUAAGGUAAUGAGUCACAAAAAAAUUUAGACCCACUCUAGAAUAAUUUAGAUAAAAUCGAAACAAUAGACUAUUCCUCAGUUAUGUUCACAGCUCAAUCUUCCAACAGAAACAAGCCUCAAUAUCCUUUAGUUAUUCCAAAUCCACAAUACUAAUAUUUUUAUAAUUCAAACUAAAAGCAAACCUCCACAUUAUCAAUAAUGGAAUAGGGAACUCGCCCUAAAACAGCUUCAUUUACUGAAAAUAGUAACAGGACAUAUGGGUUAAAGACUAAAAUAAAUGUUUAAUAUUUGCAAAGUAGUAAAAGACAAAGAAGUAGAUCCAUAAAUCAGCAACUUAAUCCAGGCAAAAAGCAGCUACUAUCUAAUUGGGUUUAACCAAUUAAUAAUCCAACAUAACUAAACUAAAUUAGCUAAGUACCUAAUGGAGACACCAUAAAAAAAAUUGCAGAUAUAAGUUACUAAGCAAGUCUUAACAACUCAACCCACUUUUAUGGAGGUAAAGAUAUGAAAGGAACAGGGAACAUUUAAAUUAUUUCUUGUUAAUAAAAUCCUUAAUUUGGGUCAAAUACAUUGCCUAUAUAAAAUUAAAAUUAUCAAAACAAUACUUUAUAAUAAUUUAGAGUAUCUUCAGCUAAGAAAUCUUAGAAUAGCCCAUUUUAUGCUGAAAUAUAGAAUAAUACAAACAUUAAAGAGAAAUUUUACUAAAUUUCCAGAGAGAAAAGAAGGUUAUCUCAAACAAAUUAUCAGCAAAAUUCCCUCAUAAAUUCAUAAAAAUUAGAAAAUCCUAUUUAAUACUUUAGUGUGCCAUAAUCUAAUUUACAGCAAAAUCAUUAAAAAUAAGUUUAAUAAAUUAAUAACUAAAAUUGUAUCUCAAAUAUGGGUACUCGUGCAAGGCACUCUCUAAGUGUUAAUGAUAGCUUGAAUUAAAAUUAAAAUUGUGGAAAAACAAUCCCCUAAUAAAACAAUUUCAAUAGUAUAAGUCACAGACCAUAAUAUUCUUCUAAUAUAGCCAAUUAAGAUAUUUCAGUUAAUUUUAUUUAGCAAUCUACAAUUUAAUUUAAGAAAAUAUAACAAGAUCUUGCUAACUAACCUUUAUUAAGCAGGAUAAAGGGGAAUUCUAAAAAGAAAUGA